CGCUCUGCUCAUAAUUUCGUUCAAAACAGAUUGCCAUUCACUCGUCGGAUUAAAAACCAGCAUAUUCCGAAUUUCCAAAGCGAAGAGCAAGAAGAAGAGUCAGUUAAUAAAGAUACGGAUACAUCAACAACAACAGUUCCAAGCCAAAUCCAUUGUUACUUGCAAAAUGAGGCUUCCGUUGCAGGUUCUUGUGGUGAUUUUAGCCUCCUGCUUAUCAAUUUCCGGCUCACUGGCCUACAAACCGGUGGUCAUCCUCCACGGAAUCCUCUCCGGAGCCGAAUCAAUGUCAUUUCUGGUCCGGGAAAUCGAAGAGAUUCAUCCUGGGACCAUAGUUUAUAACUGCGAUAAAUUCAGCGGAUGGUACAGUUUGGAGAACGCCUGGCGGCAGGUCGACCAAGUUAGGGAUUACCUCAACGAAGUGGGCAAACUCCAUCCGGAGGGCAUCAUUGUUUUGGGCUACUCCCAGGGAGGUCUUUUGGCCCGGGCGGCCAUCCAAAGUCUGUCGGAUCACAAUGUGAAGACCUUCAUAUCCCUUUCUUCGCCACAGGCGGGGCAAUACGGAACCAGCUUCCUGCAUCUGAUAUUUCCCGACCUGGCAGCCAAGACGGCCUUCGAGUUGUUCUACUCGCGGGUGGGCCAGCACACCUCGGUGGGUGGCUACUGGAACGAUCCGCAAAGGCAGGAGCUCUACAUGAAGUACAGUGAGUUCCUGCCGCUGAUCAACAAUGAGAAGCAGACCUCCAACUCCACAUCCUUCAAGAUGGGAAUGGUGCGGCUCAAUAGAUUGGUGAUGAUCGGAGGACCCAACGACGAUGUUAUCACUCCCUGGCAAUCCAGCCACUUUAGUUACUACGACGAGAACAUGGAUGUGAUCCCUUUUAUCAAGCGAAAGAUCUUCACUAGCGACUCCAUCGGCAUCAAGACCCUUCAGGAGGCUGGCAAACUAAUCAUUGUCGUCAAACCCCAUGUCCAUCAUCUUGCCUGGCACACGCGGAGGGAUGUCAUCCACGAAGUUAUAAUGCCAUAUCUGGACUGAACAAUAAAUUAAAAUUGUACUAAAGCGAUCAAAGAGCUGUGAUCGAAAAGGCGGAUAUAAGCUCGCUCUCAUCAAUAAGCAUUAAUGUGAAGAAGCCACCUGGAGACAGGCUACACAAUGAUCUUUUAUCGGUAAUUUAGCUUUAGAUUGUUUACAAUGACCUGUAAAUGGCAGGGGAGAUUUAUACAAAUUUAUUAAAUAUACAUGCAUAGGUAAAUUAAAAUAAAGUUAUGGAAACAUUUUUUAUUCAGAUGAAUACAAUCAA